AUGCAGACUAUAAAAUGUGUAGUUGUUGGGGAUGGUGCAGUGGGAAAAACCUGCUUACUCAUCUCCUACACAACCAACAAAUUCCCCUCAGAAUAUGUGCCUACGGUUUUUGACAACUAUGCAGUGACGGUGAUGAUCGGGGGGGAGCCUUACACACUAGGCCUUUUUGACACUGCAGGUCAGGAGGAUUACGACAGGCUGCGUCCUCUCAGCUACCCACAGACAGACGUGUUCCUUGUGUGCUUCUCUGUCGUCUCCCCGUCAUCAUUUGAAAAUGUCAAGGAGAAGUGGGUUCCUGAGAUUUCCCACCAUUGCCCUCGCACGCCAUUCCUGCUAGUUGGCACUCAGGUGGAUCUACGGGAGGACAGCAACACCAUCGAGAAACUGGCCAAGAAUAAACAGCGUCCCCUGUACCCCGAGAGUGCUGAAAAACUGGCGCGGGAGCUCCGAGCUGUCAAAUACGUGGAGUGCUCCGCUCUCACACAGCGUGGCCUCAAGAACGUGUUCGACGAGGCCAUCCUGGCCGCCUUGGAGCCCCCCGAGACCAAAACCAAGAGGAAGUGCGUCCUGUUAUAG